AUGACAAUCAACUUACUUGUAUAUGCAAAUGACGAUCGUAUUGCUGAUCUUGUAUUUGAACCAGAUUUACUUUGGAAAAAUCAAAAUGUGACUCUAUCAUUUGUGAAUGGUGAUCAAGAAAAACAGUUACAUUUUCGUUGCAUAUAUUUUCAAUGGUUUUUAUCUACUCAUAUUCACUUCAAAGAAGUUCCGCUUAGUCACAGUGCUGAUAUUCGAGUAGGAUUCGGCCUAGAUAAACAACAAUCAUGGUCUCUUAUUGGAUCUAAUUCAGCUUUUUUUUCGUAUAAUGUCAAAUCUGGUCUUGAUACGACGACCAUCCUCAUAUGUCUGCUGAUAUUUACGGCCUGUUGCGCUCUAUUGUUAUUCACCAAAAAUCGUCGUAUGGAAUAUGCGACAAGAUCAAUGUUAGCUGAAGAACAAUUCAUCGAACCAUAA